AUGCAUCUCUUACCUGGCGACCUCAUUCGGCUCGUCGAGACGCCCAAGGAGAAGGCCAAGGACGCGGUCGAAGCGCUCGGCGGCGCCGAUGGCAUCGCGUAUGCGCUCAACGUGUCGCUCGAUGCUGGCCUCUUUGGCGCCGACGUCGCCGACCUCCAGCAGCGCCAAGAGACGUAUGGCAAAAACUACAUUGAACCGUCCAAGCCCGCGACGCUCCUCGCGCUCAUGUGGCAUGCGUUCCAGGACCUCACGAUCAUCGUGCUCACGGGCGCCGGCGUCCUCUCGCUCAUCCUCGGCUUCACGGUCGGCCACAAAGAAAAGGUUUUGCGCAACGCAACGACGACGCGGGCGCUCGCGGGCAACGCAGGCACGGCGUGGAUCGAAGGCUUCUCGAUCUUACUGGCCGUGACGAUCGUCGUCAUGGUCACAGCCCUCAACAACUACCAAAAGGACAAGCAGUUCCGCGCUCUGAACGCGGUCAAGGACGACGAGAAGAUCAAGGUCAUCCGCGACAGCGAGCCGUGUGAAGUCAGCAAGUUUGACUUGGUCGUUGGUGAUAUCGUCCGCCUCGACGUCGGCGACAUCCUUCCGGCCGACGGCCUCGUGCUCACCUCGUCGGACCUCAAGCUCGAUGAAAGCGCAAUGACGGGCGAGUCGUUCUUGAUGCUCAAGGACAAGACCAAGGCGCCAUUCCUCUUCUCGGGUACCAAAGUCAUGGAAGGCAUGGGCACGAUGCUCGUGCUCUGCGUCGGCGCAUCGUCCCAGGCCGGCAUGAUCUCCGCCUGA